GCCCAUGCAUUUCUACGGGCGAUACCCGCCGCCCGCCAUUUUGGGAGUCAGAAUAUUAAUCUCGGCGGUCGAAGACUGAACGCUGGCGCAGCGUCUGGCCUUCCUAAUAUGGUGCACACGUGCGUGGUAGCAGGCUGUCGGAACAGGAGGACGCCUGGCACCACGCUGUCCUUCUACAGGUUUCCGCGCGACCCAGAGAGGAAGCAGCGGUGGAUCGCCGCCGUGAAUCGCGAGGGCUGGGUACCGAACGAGGGCAGCAGACUCUGCAGCACGCACUUCAUAUCAGGUAAACAGGUAAAGAAUCCUCGGUCUCCAGACUAUGUUCCCUCUGUUUUCACGUCUGCCCCGCUAUCCCCAAACAUACAGGAAGCCGCAGCCUUUGAACCCUAUGACAAACAGGAAGCACACGUGGAGGCUGCCAAUGCUCUUCUUUACCUGCAAGGUCAGGGGCGCUUGGAUGAAGACCUUAGCCAUCUCCGGUGUCGGCCGGGUCCCGAACGCACUAAAUCCUCGGUAAACAGUGAUGACGAAGAAAAGGAGGACGAGGAUGACGACGGUGGUGGUGGUGAUGACGAUGAGGAUGAGGAUGAAAGUGUAUCCGAAAGCGAAAACGUGUGCAAAGGGGAUAAGGCGCUCGGAAACAGUACCGUAAAGUCACUCAACUACGAGGCCUGUCUCAACGCCCUGCGGAAAGAGAAUAUGGAACUGAGGGAAUCGUUAGAGAAGAUGUCCCUUUCUGAAGUUGCUUUCAGGAAUGACCCAGAAAAGGUUCAGUUCUAUACAGGGUUGCCAAACUAUUUUGUGUUGGAGACUGUUAUGUGGCUUCUUGUUCCACACAUGAAGAGUGAAAAAAAUGCAAAGCUUUCGAAAUUCCAACAGUUGCUUCUGACAUUAAUGAGACUUAGACUUGAUCUUAAGAAUCAGGACUUGGCCUACCGUUUUGGAGUUAAAGUGGCUACUGUAACCAGGACGGUUCAUCGAAUCAUUAGCAUCAUGUUUACCACUCUGGUGCCCACGGCUGUGUUCUGGCCUUCCAGAACGGAACUGCGGAAGAACCUCCCCGCCGCAGUGAGACAGACUCAUCCAGACUGCGCUGUGAUUCUAGACUGCUUCACGGUGUCUCUGGAAAAAGCAGUCAGCGUGGACGCAAACCGUCAAUCACCGACGGAGACAGCAGAGGUGGUCAGGCAUUUGUCACGGCCCACCUCUGUUAGUGAGCUCAAAUAUGUGAUCGGCGUCGCCCCCCAGGGGGUGGUCAUGUUUGUUUCCAGGGGGUCACCUGGCAAUGUUAGCGAUAAGACUUUGGUAGAAAGCUGUGGUCUCCUUUGUAAGCUCUUGCCUGGUGACGUUGUGCUAGCUGAGCGUGAUUUUGACAUUGGUGACUUAGUGGGUGCUCGCAAAGCUGAGCUCAAAAUCACUAACGAUCAUAGUAAGAUGUUUAAAAAUGACCAAAACCCGAGAGAAGAGGCCUCGCUAAUCUCUGAGGAAAGGAUGAAUGUAUACAGGCAUGUGGGGAGGGUGGUACAAAUGGUCAAGAAAAGAUAUUCUAUGCUGACCGGACCAGUGGAGAGUCCCUUUACAGUUAUAGACCGAAGCUCAAAUGUGACCACUUUUGACAAAAUAGUACAGGUUGCCUGUGCCUUAAACAACCUGUGCAUUUCUGCUGUGCCACUAGAGUGACUUGUAUCACAGAACACGUAAACCACCGGGACGGGAAAUAAUGUUACUUGAGGGUUCACACUUUACAGACCUUUUUGAUGCUCUUGGUGACGCUCAAAUAUAUUUUUGCCUUGUGUUGUUAUGCUUUUUUUUAACACUUAUGGUAGGUUUUUUAAGGCAUUUUGGGUGAACACUGCACAUGCUUUCUCUAAUGCACAAAAACCUAAAACCUCGUCUUAUCUUUAAAUAUUUGGAGACGAAAAUGAAUCUGUCAGAUUUACCGACCAGCUGUGUGGUGGCCAGUGCAGGCGGAAUGGAGAUUUUACUAUAUUACGUUCUAACAUCUGUCUUGAGCUAAUUGGCGAUGCCAGAUAGUUGGAACCAAAAUCCCGGGGCCGAUUUUCCUUUGGGAGCCUGGACUGUGCACCUCGCUGUGCAGAGGUGAUCAGAUUUGUUGGCCGUGAGGGUUCCCAUGCCACAUACCGUUUCUGUCUCCUGACUAAAGACCCAUGUGCAGGGGUCCCCUAGUCAUCCUAAGGACCAGCUUACGUGUUUAUCGUAUGUAUCUUAAUGUGAGGCUGACUUAAAUGAGGUCCUGGGCUAAUGGACUGAAUUUGUUGAUACUUUGGUUUGACAUGGGUCAUUAUACACAUAGACUGAUAUGACUGUGAUGUGUUCUUGGGCAUAUUACAAUAUCGCUGUGGUACAAAACAUGCCCUCUAGCCAGAAACAAUGUUAGCUGUCCCCAGGUCCUAGUGCCUUAUCCUUUACAAAGGCAAUACUGUGUUGUCAAACCCGCUGGUGUUUUUUUUUACAUUUUUUUAAAAUGGGUGUAUGUUCUAUUAUUUGUAUCAAGCUGAUGGUCUUUUAUUACAUUUUAAUGACUGUUGGCUCCGUCACUUCAUCCUCAGUUGCCGUUCCGUGUUAGUGCCAUGCUGAUAAGAUAUUGUAAAGGCAUACUAUGUUUCCUUUCACUGUAAUUCCUUCUAACACUGCUGCAUGCUAUGUUUACUUUUUGGUAGAGACUGUAAUUUGUGCGUGCGUGUGUGUAUGUGUGUGUCAGCACAUGCUGAGGUUGGGCAUUAUAAAUGAAUGAAUGAGCUGUAUCUGACACUGGCUAUCUGACACUUCAUGUUAUUGGUGUUUCGUUCUGUUCUCACGUAACAUGCUUCAUUGCAUUAGCUUGCGUGUUUGUACAUAGUGCUGGAAACGUACAUGGUGCACUCAGAUAACAGAUUGUAGGCAGAUGUGUGCAGAUGGCCGAUGCAGCCAUUAUUUACCCCGCAUUACUGCAUAUGUGAUGUGUAGAUAGGUUUUGCACAAAAUAAUCACUCAAAAGCACUUUUUCCCCUUCUGUUAUUUCUCGUUUUGUAAAAUGUGCAAAAGUGUGCUUAUAUGAAGUUCACAAACACUGUUAUUCUGUAAUGCAGUAUCCUGUUUAUUAAAUAUACCCUGUGCAUAUCUAGUCAUAAAAUAUUAUGGACUCUG